UGGGGAAGGGAAAUGGCUGUGGUGGAUGCAGCUCAGAUGCCAGUGACCUUCAAGGAUGUGGCUGUAUAUUUCAGUGAGGGGCAGGGGGCUCUGCUGGACCCCAGUCAGAGAGCCCUCUACAGGGUCGUCAUGCAGGAGAAUUAUGAGACGGUGACUUCACUGGGACUCUCCAUUCCCAAACCUGACCUGAUAGCCUGGCUGGAAGCAGGGGAAGAGCUGUGGGUCCCAGAUCUCCAGGUCCCCAAGGAAAGCAACAUCCAAAGAGGCAGCCACACAGGGUGAGGAGUCA